AUGCAACGGCUAUUUGGCAGUGGCAGAAAGAAGGUCUCGAUAGAAGAAACUACCAGGGCACUUGACAGCACUAUCGAAAAUCUAGAUGGCCGAUCAAAUUCGAUUAGGGCCAAAAUUGCACAGAUUGAGCAAGACCUACACAAGCAAGUAAAAGCAAUAGACUCAUUUGCCUCUGCCACAGCAAGGAACAGGGCACUUCAACUUUUAAAGCAGAAAAAGAUAUACGAAGAGCAACUUGUCAAUAUUGAGGAACGCCAAAUAGACGCGGAGAGUUCCCUUGCCGUUGUGUCUACAAUGAAACUAGCAUCUAAAGAUUUGAAAAGACAAUUGGAAGAAAUCGACAGCACCAAACUAGCAGUAUCACAAGUCCCUAAUCAGUAG